GAGGGGGGGUCUCCCACCUCAUAAAUAAUGCGCACACUGUUAACGAUGUUGCAAUUUGACGAAAAGUCCGUCACUCCUGGUGAGUUCUGUGUAGGUACACAACGGGGGAAGUGUGUGUAGAGAGGGGGGGUCAAAAAAUCCCGCGCGUAUUUAACAUGCACAUAUGGGUACACCUUUUGGAGGAAGCGAAUCGAAGACAUUGCCAUUUAUUUUUCCUUUCUUUUACCUCCUUUAAUUGCGGCGCGAUGAUGGGCGGGGUUAACCCGAGUGGUACGCGCAAAGGGGUAGGCAGUUGGCAUCCGAUUGGUUCGUCCCCCAUUUUGUGGUCCACUUGGGGGAAGUCAAAAAGGUGAAGGAACAAACGGGGGAAGAAUAUGCCCAAACUGAAAUUUAACCAAACGGGGGAAAAAUAUACCCAAGCUGAAAAUUGACCAAACGGGGGAUGCUUUCCCCCCCUUUGUAGACUUCGCCCAAACCGUUUAAUCUGUGCCGAACGGGAACUUCAAAAUGGCUUCUUUAAGGAUGGUACCAUGCAGCGCUUCGCUAACUUGGCCUUCACUCAUCCUUUUAUGGUCUACCCCAAAUGGCAACAUUUUUUUUCCAAAAAAAAAAGGCUGGCCAUUAUGAAGCAUUGUAAUGUUUAUGCACAAGUGGGACAACGCGGGGCGCUUCCAAAAAGUGCGCAAUGCGCGAGGGGAAAAAAAAAAAAAAAAAAGAAAAAAAAAGAAAAAAAAGAACAAAUGGGUAAAUAGGUAAAUAGGCAAAUGGGCAAACAGCCAAAUAUCCAAAUAGCCAAAUAACCGAGUAGCCAAAUAGCCAAAUAGCCAAAUAGCCAAAUAACCGAAUGAGCAACUUCAAUUCCUUCCAACCAUUUAAACGAUUGGCACUUUAUUAAAACAUUCCAAUUUUUUCUAAAGGGAUACUUUUCAAAUUUCCUUUUUUGGAGCUUGCCCAGCGAAGGAACAUACAUACCAGGGGGAAAAAACAAAAGGGAGCCAUUCGCAACAGGGCAAAAGUGAGCACCUUGGCACCUGCGCAAUUGCGCCCACUGUUGUAGAACACAAGUGAGCUUCCCCUUAAAGAGGCGCAAAAAAUACAUCUGCGUAAAACCCCUCCAGGGGAACCCAUUUUGCACGUUUGUCAAAAAUAAAUCAGCGACAGGCCAGCACAUGAGACCAAGCCUUCCUUUGCCCCCCCAGAGCAGGUACAGUCUUGCUCAUUUACAGUUGCGCCGCGCACACGUACGUGCGUAGAUACGUAGUGCCCACAGUGUGGGCAUACCCACUGCGCCGUAGUGCCAACAUGUGUCCCCCAAAAAAUGAAAACGAACGUGGCACGGAAGGCCAACCGGCAAAAAAUACAGAAAGCGCUGACACGUUGAAGAGAAAGCUCAGCGAAUUGUACGCCGAGGAAGGUUGCCAAUAUGGCGAAAAUGGUCAACCAGAAGAUACCUCCCACUUGGUUAGCAGUGGAAGUGCCGGGAAAAAAAGAGAAACUGCCACGGAAAAGCGUAACCCUGAAGAAGUUCGCGAAAAGGAAAAUGCACAUGAAAAGAAGGAGGACAAUGAGGUAGACCAAAAUGGACAAACCAGUACCUCAAAAACCAACACAAAAAAGCAUAGAUCCUCAACUGAUGAACCACCAAAUAGGAGGAAAAAAAAAAAAAGGAAAAAAAAAUUUAAUGACAAUGGAGAAGUAACAAAACCGUCGAAACAAAUGAUCAGAAUAAAUUACCUCCUGCAAGCAUCAUUUCUAAUGAAUGAAUUGAACCCGAACAUCUCAAGGGAGUAUAUCAAAACGAUGAGGAAACUUUCGAACAAGUUUUUAAUAAAACACGACAAAAAAUUUAAGAAGCUCUUCUGCAAAAAAUGCAACUCAGUCCUCAUCCCAAGUGCUACUUGCAAAGUUUCUGUUAACCCACUAAAUUUGAGGAAGAAAAAAAAAAACAAAAAUGAGGAGGUGAGUAGCAAUUUGAACGGGAAGCUGAGAGAUGAAUUUCUGGUUUCGUACCGCUGUAACUACUGCCAGCAUGACACGAAAUUUGUUUACGAAAAUGGUUUGACCGCUCCGCGCGCGAAUGGAACGGAGGCCGUCUGA